GACUGGGGCUCUUAGGGAAGAAAGGAGUCAGAGCUGGAUCUCGUUUUGUAGGAUCUUGACAAAGACGCAGGAAAAAGACGCAGUAAAUUAGGCACGGUUUCCAGUUUGGGUGCUUCAGCUUCAGCGCGGACUUUUGUUGCCUUUGUGGAAAUGUAGCGAGUUGCAUUUUUGAGAAAAUCUCAAGGAGGCAUUUGUUCUUAAUAGCUGACUAGAUAAGUGAAUCGGCGCCGAGGCUCCGUUUCCUGUGUUUGCCAGCGCGCUGCAGCUGGGCUGAAGAAGCCCCGCUGGUACCGACUUCUGAACACAUCCAAUCCGCUUUGAAAGUCGGUGAGAGAAAGAAAGAAAAAACGAAAUGUGCGAUUUGAUGCCAGCCUCUCAGCCCACGGAGAAAAUCGGCAAAAUGAAAAAGUUGAGGAGAACUUUGUCGGAGAGUUUCAGGAGUAUCGCUUUCAAGAAGGAGGACAGUGGCUUUGAUGAGAUAUGUGUCACAAAGAUGUCCACACGCAGCUGCCAGGGAACAGACUCAGUCAUCAAGCCCCUGGACACCAUUCCUGAGGACAAGAAAGUGAGAGUUCAGCGCACGCAGAGUGGCUUCGACCCAUUCGAGAGGCCAGCCAGUCAGGUGAAGAGGGUCCACUCUGAGAACAAUGCCUGCAUCAACGCCAAGAGUUCGUCUGCCGGCAAGGAGUCGCCAAAACUGCGCCGUCACUCCAGCCCUAGUUCUCCCACAAGCCCAAAGUUUGGAAAAGCAGAUUCCUAUGAAAAGCUUGAAAAGCUGGGAGAGGGUUCAUAUGCUACAGUAUACAAAGGAAAGAGCAAGGUGAAUGGGAAGCUGGUGGCUCUGAAAGUGAUUCGUCUACAAGAGGAGGAAGGAACGCCCUUCACAGCCAUAAGAGAAGCAUCUCUUCUGAAAGGCCUGAAGCAUGCCAACAUCGUGCUCCUCCAUGACAUCAUCCACACCAAGGAAACCCUGACUCUGGUCUUUGAAUAUGUGCACACAGACCUGUGCCAGUACAUGGACAAACACCCUGGAGGUCUCCAUCCAGACAAUGUGAAGCUGUUCCUGUUCCAGCUACUCAGAGGCUUGUCCUACAUCCACCAGAGGUACAUCCUUCACCGUGACCUGAAACCACAAAAUCUGCUCAUCAGCGACACCGGAGAGCUCAAACUCGCUGACUUCGGUCUGGCCAGAGCCAAGUCAGUCCCCAGCCAUACCUACUCCAAUGAGGUGGUAACCCUGUGGUACCGGCCUCCAGAUGUCCUGCUGGGAUCCACAGACUAUUCCACCUGCCUGGACAUGUGGGGAGUGGGCUGCAUCUUCAUUGAAAUGAUCCAGGGUGUGGCUGCCUUUCCAGGGAUGAAGGACAUCCAGGACCAGCUGGAGAGAAUAUUCCUGGUCCUUGGCACCCCAUCUGAGGAUAACUGGCCAGGUGUAAACUCCUUGCCUCACUUCAAACCAGAUCGGUUUACAGUGUACAGCGCCAAGAAGCUCAGACAAGCGUGGAACAAGUUGGGCUACGUGGAUCAUGCUGAGGAGCUGGCCUCCAGGUUCCUCCAGUGCUUCCCAAAGAACCGGCUGUCGGCCCAGGCAGCGCUGAACCAUGAGUACUUCAGCAACCUUCCUCCACGGCUCUGGGAGUUGCAGGACAUGUCUUCUAUCUUCACCAUACCAAAUGUCAAGCUGCAGACAGAGAGUGGGGACAGCAUACAGGUGUGUGUACGACGGAACAGUCAUGGGAAGGCUUCGUCUGGCAGCAAACACUGACCUGAGGCAGCAUCCUGCACACCACUUCUUGACAGCUCACUGACAGUGUGACUCAUGUCAUGGUGAUCCCAACAACUCCACCAACCUGAACCACCACAAAGGUCGUUUGUUCCAGCCCUCUGAUACAACCCA